AUGCCGGACGAGGCGAGCUGCUCCAACAUACCGGACAUGUUGAACUUGUUCAACCUGCCGCCCGUCGAGGCUGAGGAGGACGGGGAGGACCACGAUGAGGCGCCGAAGAGAAGAAGCCAUCCACGAGCUGCCAAGCGCGGCGCCGAUUCGUCACCCGAGAAAGAUAGCCCGAAGAAACCGACGAAGCACAGAACUGAAGAGAAAUCACCGUCGUCAAAAUCGACAAAUCGGGCCGGUUCGCAGGAGGGUGUUGACGAUGAUGAGGCAAUCACCGGCGGUCACCUGGAUUGGGGCCAAAUUUUCGAGACGGGCACAACGGAGGAGCGCACGGCGCGCCAAGCACGUCUCUCCGACGCGGGCAGGUCGCCGCGAGAGAGCGGUCCGCGGCAGUUUCGCCCGGACAAAUGCAAGGUCUGCCAAUUCCAAUACAAGGGCUCCGCGGCGAAUAUCUGGAAUGGACUGUCUCAGCACGUGUGGACGCAUAUGGACGAGAAACGAUAUGUAUGCACUAAAGGCUGCGGCUUCCAGUCGGGAAAACCGACGAAUCAUACCUGCUCGGCGUUGACAGCCGCCGAGAAGAAGAAGCAUGGCCCGUACGGGGAUUACAAGGAUGUUUUAAGCCGAAAGCUGUUCGGGAAAUACCUGUCCCAGCUCGACAUUUGCUUCCCGAGGAGUGCCACCCAGCUGCACGCCUUUGUGCAACGGCAACUGCAAAGCUUCAAGUUCAAGGAGGAAUCACCGAACAAGCCGGAGGCUCAUCCGAAGAAGCCGAGUAAGAAAGACGGACAAAGCAAAACAUGUCAGGUGUGUCACAAAGUGCUGACAAGCCGAAUGGCCGCCUACCAACUCAUCCACCACGCCCUCAACCACAUGAAGGUCAAGCCGUGGAGCUGUCCAGAUUGCGAUGUCACGUCGCGUACGAAAUGGCCGAUAACGACGCACAUUCAACGCGAGCACAAGGGCGUCGGCGAGCCGGUGGAUAGCAGAACCGACGACUACUUCCGUGAAGCGGAAGAGCUUGCGAUAAAAUGCUUCCCCCAUCACGUGCUGGCCAUCCAAGCAUCGAUGGCCGCCCAACGAACGUCGAAUGACGAUGAAAAGGAGGAGGAGGAUGAAGGGAGAAAUGGAAGUGAUGAAGAGGAGGAGGAGGUCGAGGAGCAGGAGGACGAGGUGCAGGAGAAGAAGAAGCCGGAAAAGAAGAAAGAGGAUGAGGUAGAUGCGGCGACAUCAGCGGCAAUUUUGGAAGCGAUGUACGGCGGCCCGGACUCUCCACCCCCACGACGCCAACUUCGAGCCCGUAAACCGGCUGCCCCACCGCCACCGCCAAUUGAAGAACCAAAAGGAAGACGCGCGAGCGGACGUGUCAAGGAUCAGCAUGCGAAGUCCGUGAAUCGGAAAGCCCUGACGGCGGAAUACAACGAGUUGCGCCAGCUGCUCCGCGAAAAAGACAUGCAGUUGGCCAGUAUGCGACAGAGAUUGGAAAAUGAAGAAUUGGCGCAGGUGGAUUUGCUCAACGGAAACGUCGAGCUUGAGGACCAGAUCAAGAAGCUUGACGUCAAGCAGGAAGAUCUCUACCAGCUUCUGGGCAACAAGAGCUCCGAAAUUAUGGGACUCGAGAUGCAGACGGAAAACCUACGAACGGCCCUCGAAAAGGUGGCCCCGGAGAUUGCGGCAAGGAUGGGA